GCCGCCGGCCAAGAUCUCCCUCUUUGACGAGAACGUCGACAUGUCGGUCGACCCGCCCAACCACGACAACCUCCCCGCGUUUGCGGACCAGUUCGCAGACCUCCGGCCCUGCCCGCCCCCUGCCAUCCUCCAGACGCCCUUUGAGAUCCCGCCGCUGUUCCCCUUCAACCGGACAACCGUCUACCUGCUCUUCAACUCCCCGUUCCCCAAGGACAAACGCGGCCGCGCCCUCUUCCCCAAGUCGGUCGUGCUCCGCGGGACAACCGCCGGCGGCGCACCCCUCGAGCUCGAGAUCCCCGUCGCCGUGCUCCCCGAGCCCGGCCUGACGAUCCACCAGCUCGCCACGCGCAAGGCCGUCCAGGAGCUCGAGGAGGGCAAAGGCUGGAUCUAUUACGCCCGGGCAGCGGGCGGCGACCCUGCCGCCGCCGAAGAUUCCGCCCGGGAAGUGACCCGCAGCGACGGCAAGGUGGUCGACAUGGCCCUGCUGCGCAACAGGCUCGCCAAGUCGACCUUCAGCGCCAUGGUCCAGCGCGAGGCGGUCCGGCUGGGCGUGACGUUCCAGGUCGGCGGGGGCAAGUGGUCGUCGUUUGUCGCCGUCGAGGACACGCCGCCUGCUUCGUCUUCUUCUCCGUCUGGAGUGGCCGUCGAGGGCGAGGAGAAGGAGAAAGAAAACAACAAGGGCGCAACGUCGACGACGUACACCCCAAACCGGUCGAUGGACCCGGACGUGCCCGAUCCUGCGCAGGCGUUCCCGGGGAUCCCCCAGCGGCUGGCACAGCCCGUCGCCCAGGCUCAGGCCAGUAACUCCCUUGCAAAGUCCAUGGGCAAGCGUGUCAUGGGCAUGUUCUCCAGGGCGGCGCCGGCGGCCAAGCCCACGACUAAUAAUGCCGUCAUCGGCUACGGUUCCGGUCGGAGAACGGCCGGGGCGGAAUCAUCAUCAGCAUCAGCAUCAGCAUCAUUCUUCGGCGCAGCGAGCUUUGGCGCCCCGCCACCAGGAGGAGGAUUUGGAGGACAACAACAACAACAACAACUACAACAGCAGCAGCGACAAAUGCUGCACAUGCUGAAUGUCCAGCAGUGCAGUGCUGUGCCCAUGCCCUUUGCAGCCCCGGCUGCGGCUGCUGCGGCCCCCCCUCCUCCUCCUCCGGCUCCUGCUCCUGCUCCUGCCCCUGCUGACGGGGGUUUCCACAUGGACUUUGCCAACCCCAACAUGAGCGAAAAUGUUCUGCAGGACUUUGACUUUGACUCGUUCUUGAGCGCCGACGAGGGUCUCGUCCUCGACAUGGGCGUCGACGACAAUCUCGAUGGCGGCAGCCGUGGCGGCGGCGGCGGCGGCGGCGGCGCUCCCAGCCUCUCGGGCUUUGCCUCGCCGCAGUCGUUCGACUUGGCGGCGCCGGUGAUGCGGCAGGAAAACAAGAAGAGGAAGAAGAUGUACUCUAUCAAGCGUGUCAGCAGCAGCAGCACCACCAGCCGUGCAGAGGCCAAGGACGCGGAUCAGGACGACGACGAUGAGGAGAGCGGGGCGGCCGCCGGUGAGUUCCAGCUCCCUGGGGAUAUCGCUUCAGCGACGGCCCGGGAGAAGAUGGAUGCCAUGGUGCGAGUGCAGGGCUUUGACGGGGCGUGGACGUGGCGUGAUCUGCUGCGGCUCAUGGGCUGGACGGAGGAUAAGGUCGUGCAAGUGAGCAAGGAGGUGGGCAAGCUGGAUUUGGAGAAGCUAGAUGCGGCACAGAAGGACUUGUUCGCCACGGCGGUGGUCGUCGUGUGGUUCAGGAAGGAGAUGGCCGACAUGGUGGACUCGUGGGAGCUGUUGGUCGACAAGGCGGUCGAACGGCUUGGCGAGGACGAUGCCAGGCUGCUGUGGCAAGCACAGGGUAAUGAAGUGGACGGGCUGCUGGAGGAAGCGACGCGGAUCUUUGAGAAGCUCGCGGAAAAGUGAAUUUUGGAAGGAAAUGCAUAGGAGGAAAAGGCAAAGGCAUCAGGAGCUCCUGACAGCGUACUUGCAGCAAUGUGUGAAUACCCGCAUUCCAAAAUGCAAAUGAUUGCU